UGCAAUUGCAAAUCCAUGACGAGUGAUAUGAGCGAUCAAAUGCCUGGAGCAUUUAUAGAGGGUCCCAGUCACCCCAUCGCCCCUCAGUUCUAUACCAAAAUGGAGGACACGGCGUCUCAGGCCAAUACUUUUGUGGAUGAGCAGAAUUUGACGGGAUUCCUCCAGAAACAAACGGUGGUCAGAAAGACCAUCAGGCAAACCCAUUUGAUGAAUCAACUAGACAAAUUGGUGUACUUUUUGGCUGUGUACCAGUUGGUAAAGUACUGCCAUCUGGCCAGUCUCGUACCGGUGGUCUGCCAUAUUAUAGUACAGAAGCUCUUGAGCAGUGAACAGUUUUUCUCCACCAGUUCUGAGUCCGACUCAAGGGAUUUUUUAAGCUUUAUCAAUGACUUGGAGAUCCUCAACAGAGAAAAUGACGUUGAUGAAGCAAGCAGAGAUCGUAUAGUAUCCGGAAUCGUUGCCAAGGUCUGUGCCACUAUCUAUUGGAAAGCGGUGCUUAUGGUGGCUUAUCACAUUGGUUUCGUGUGCUACUGGCUCAAACCCAUUUUUGACCUGGGGAACAUCAAUAUAGACAAUGGCACCUGGUGGUUUGUGUCUUUCAUAGGCGAGCACCGGCCCAUUGACGACUGGGACCUGUUGGGAUAUUCUAGUAAAGUGGCACGUUUGGGUCUAUUUGGACUCUUAUUAUCGGACUUACUUAUCUUAUUUAUCCAAUUGGUAUUGUUCCAAGCGGUCUAUAAGCAGUCGACAGCGUCACCCGUGGGAAGGAGUGUUGAUGAAGUAGAGAUUGAAAUUCUCAGAAGAAAGACUGAUGUGGGAGGUGCAAAAGACCCUCACUACGAAACCGAAGACACAAUUCCUACGGCUUUGAAGGUAAGACUUUACGAGACGUUCAAUAUGUCUUCGUUCGUGCCCCUGCGGGCAUAGCAUGAGAAGGAUAGUGAUGAGCAACGAAUAUAUUAAUACAAGAUCCAAAUGUAGACUAUUAGUGAGACAACUAAAAGUGAAAACUGCGAAAAACAUCUCAAAACUCCAAUGAGAAGCUUUGGGAAGGUGAGAGGUAAAAUGCUAAAGGAACCAUUGAGGAUCGGCUAUCCCCUCCAGGCCGACAACACCGAAAUCCUCACGGCUCUACGACUGAUUCUCUUCGAAGAGAACCCCAAACAGCACGAUAUCAGAGAGAUAUCUCAUUUGUUUAGCAUAGACGAAGGCAUUCUCACAGGACAACAUAUCCCUAUAUCUUCCUUGUACUCCAAACCUCCUCCCGAAAAGCUCGCCGGGAAGCUCUUGUUCCGUUCACAAUACUCCAGUAUCCAGGAAAAACUUCUAUAUCGGUGGAAUUCUGUUGAACCUUCUAUCCAGUCACAGUUCUCUGAUGAGCAUU